GGAUAUAGCUCAAGCCUCCAGUUGACACCUUCCAGAAUUUCUUUGUUCUACAGGACUUCCAAGAUGGCCAGCAGAAAAGCUGGGACUCGAAGCAAAGCAGCUGCAAAGCGUCAGCAGCGGGGCUCUUCCAAUGUCUUCUCCAUGUUUGAGCAGUCACAGAUCCAGGAGUUCAAGGAGGCAUUCAGUUGCAUUGAUCAGAACCGUGACGGCAUUAUCAGCAAAUCAGACUUGAAAGAGACCUAUGGCCAACUCGGGAAAAUGAAUGUGAAGGAUGAGGAGCUGGAGGAGAUGCUGAAGGAAGGGAAAGGGCCAGUUAAUUUCACAGUCUUUCUAACCCUCUUUGGAGAGAAACUGAAUGGAACUGACCCAGAAGAAUCAAUCCUUGCUGCCUUCAAGCUCUUUGACCCCAAUGGAUCAGGUUAUGUCAACAAAGAAGAGUUUAAACAACUCCUGCUAACACAGGCGGACAAGUUCUCUCCUGAGGAGGUGGAGGAAAUGUUUGCUGUAGCCCCCAUUGACGUGGCUGGGAACAUUGAUUACAAAUCUCUAUGUUAUAUCAUCACACAUGGUGAUGAGAAGGAAGACUGAGAGAAGAACACGGGCAAAAAUUCACAGGAUGCGGUGACUACCAGGGUAGUCAGUGCAGUACAUUGCUAAGUCUUCUGCAAUAAAA